UGACAUACAAGCAGCCAAUCGGCUUUCACAGAGCGCCUACAAGCAGCCAAUCUGCUUUCGCUGAUCAGCGUGCAGGCAAAAACCCCGCCCACGGCGCUCAGUGUGAGGCGGAGAGUGCAGAGCUUUGCUGUUUGCUGUUGAAUUGCUUUAACUCCACUUCUGUUUCGGGUGUUGUGCGUCUAUUCAAAGCUCCAGUGAAGAGUUUAUUGAAGGACAGCGAGAACAUGAGUGAUCCAGAACCCUGCAGAAUUAAACAUGAAGACACUGAACAACAAAUAGACCUAAUUAAAGAGAAUGAGGAGAUGAAGGAGGAGGAACAUCAUGUCAGAAUUGAGGAAAAUCAUUUACAGACUGAUGAUAUUUUGAAAAGUGGAGACAAGAAUCAUUUCACCUGCACUCAGUGUGGGAGAAGUUUAGCAAGACAAAGCAAUCUUAAGGUUCACAUGAUGAUCCACACUGGAGAGAAACCACACACAUGCACUCAGUGUGGGAAGAGUUUCCGCCGAUCAUCAAACCUUAAACGACACAUGAUGAGCCACAUUGGGGAGAAACUAUUCACGUGCGCUCAGUGUGAGAAGAGUUUCAGCCAAUCAUCAAACCUCAAACUACACAUGAGGAUCCACACUGGAGAGAAACUCUUCAUAUGCACUCAGUGUGGGAAGAGGUUCUACAAAUUAGAACACUUUAAUCAACACAUGAUGAUCCACACUGGAGAGAAACCGUACACAUGCACUCAAUGUGGGAAGAGUUUCAGCCAAUCAUCAAACCUUAAUCAACACAUGAAGAUCCACACAGACCUAAUUGAAGAGUAUGAGGAGAUUAAAGAGGAGGAACAUCACGUCAACAUUGAGGAAAAGCAUUUACAGACUGAUGAUAUUUUGAAAAAGAGAGACAAGAAUCGUUUAAUAUGCACUCAGUGUGGGAAGAGUUUCGGAAGAAAAAGCAGCCUUAAGAUUCACAUGAGGAUCCACACUGGAGAGAAACCGUUCACAUGCACUGAGUGUGGAAUGAGUUUUAGGCAAUCAUCAGACCUUAAUCAACACAUGAUGAUCCACACUGGAGAGAAACCAUACACCUGCCCUCAGUGCGAGAGGAGUUUCAGCCGCUUAUCAAACCUUAAUGAACACAUGAAGAUCCACGCUGGAGAGAGACCAUACACAUGCACUCAAUGUGGGAAGAGUUUCUGCCGGAUAUCACACUUUAAUGAACACAUGAGGAUCCACACUGGAGAGAAACCAUUCACGUGCACUCAGUGUGGGAUGAGUUUCAGCUGCUCCUCAAACCUUAUUAAACACAUGAGGACCCACACUGGAGAGAAACCGUUCAUAUGCACUCCGUGUGGGACGAGUUUCAGCCAAUCAUCAAGCCUUAAACUACAUAUGAUGAUUCACACUGGAGAGAAGCCGUACAAGUGUUCACACUGUGAAAAGAAAUUCAGAGACUUACAAGCCCUGAAAAGACAUGAGAGGAUUCACACUGGAGAGCAGUGGUGCCCACGUGCAGGCAAAAACCCCGCCCACGACGCAGCUGAGGCGGAGAGUGCAGAGCUUUGCUGUUUGCUGUUGAAUUGCUUUAACUCCACUUCUGUUUCGGGUGUUGUGCGUCUAUUCAAAGCUCCAGUGAAGAGUUUAUUGAAGGACAGCGAGAACAUGAGUGAUCCAGAACCCUGCAGAAUUAAACAUGAAGACACUGAACAACAAAUAGACUUAACUGAAGAGGAAGAGGAGAGUAAAGAGGAGGAACAUCAUGUCCAAUUUGAGAAAACUCAUUCAGAGACUGAUGGUAUUUUGAAAAGGAAAGACAAGAAUCGUUUCAUCUGCACUCAGUGUGGAAAGAGUUUGGGAGGCAAAAGCAGUCUUAAGAUCCACAUGAUGAUCCACACCGGAGAGAAACCAUUCACCUGCACUCAGUGUGGGAAGAGAUUUUGCCAAUUAUCACACCUUAAUCAACACAUGAUGAUCCACACUGGAGAGAAACCAUACAUGUGCACUCAGUGUGAGAAAAGUUUCUGCCAGUCAUCACACCUAAAUAAACACAUGAUGAUCCACACUGGAGAGAAACCGUUCACAUGCACUCAGUGUGGGAAGCGUUUGGGAAGCAAAAACAGUCUUCAGAUUCACACGAUGACCCACACUGGAGAGAAACCAUUUACAUGCACUCAGUGUGGGAAGAGUUUCAGUCAAUCGUCAAACCUUAAUCAACACAUGCAGAUCCACACUGGAGAGAAACCAUUCGCGUGCACUCAGUGUGGGAAGAGUUUCAGCCACUCGUCACAUCUUCAUAAACACAUGAUGAUCCACACU